GAGCGGGGCAAGCGGAAGCUGGAGAGACGCUGUAGGUGGUGUGUUGUCAUUUUCAGUAAAGAUGGCUGGACACGACCACCUGUCCCUCUGCCUGUGCGAUUUAAUCAGGUUGCUGUGGUCCCUGUUGUUGCCAUGUUUCUGCCUGUGCUUGGUUCUCACUGGCUUGCUGUUCCUGAUGGUGGUGGGGAUACGGGCUUGGCUCCAGUCUAACAAGAAAUCACGUCAAGCUCAAGACGGAAGACCUGCCGUGGCAUUUUUCCACCCAUACUGCAAUGCAGGGGGUGGAGGAGAGAGAGUGCUGUGGUGUGCUAUAAGAGCACUACAGAAUAGGUAUCAGGAUGUAGAUUUUGUGAUCUACACUGGAGACCAGGGUGUGACGGAUGAGCAGAUUGUGGACGGUGCUCGCCGGCGCUUUAACAUCCGUCUCCCGCGCCCUGUCCGCUUUGUCUUCCUGAAACAUCGCCUCCUAGUGGAGGCCAGCCUGUACCCACACUUCACUCUGCUGGGGCAGAGCAUCGGCUCGCUGUUCCUGGGAUGGGAGGCGCUUACGACCUUUACUCCAGACCUCUACAUCGACUCCAUGGGCUACGCCUUCACCCUGCCUGUGUUCCGCUAUCUGGGUGGAUGCAGAGUGGGCAGCUAUGUGCACUACCCCACCAUCAGCACCGACAUGCUCAAUCUGGUCCGGGAGAGGAACCCCAGGUUCAACAAUGCAGACUACAUCACCAACAACCCCCUGCUGAGUGCCGUAAAGGUGAUCUAUUACUGUGCCUUCGCUCUGCUGUAUGGGCUGGCCGGCUCCUGCAGCGACGUGGUCAUGGUCAACUCCACCUGGACGCUGGGCCACAUCCUGGCACUCUGGCGCGCCCCCAACCGCACCAGCGUGGUUUACCCGCCGUGUGACGUCCAGGCGUUCCUCGACGUCCCCCUGGAUGAAGAGGAGGAGCAGAAAGGAGAGCGGAAGUGCCACUCCCUGGUGUCGGUGGCCCAGUUCCGACCCGAGAAGGACCACCAGCUUCAGAUCAGGGCCUUCCGCAAACUUCUGGACAAGAAGGGGGCGGAGCCUGGAGGGAGGGAGUCUGUGAAACUGAUGCUGAUUGGCGGAUGUCGGAACCAGGAAGACGAGGACAGGGUGCUUAUGCUGAGGGGGCUGUGCCAGGAACUGGGCGUGGCCGAUAGGGUGGAGUUUAAGCUUAACAUUCCGUUUGAGGAUCUGAAGAAGGAGUUGGUGGAGGCCACCAUCGGCCUGCACACCAUGUGGAACGAACAUUUUGGCAUAGGUGUGGUCGAGUGCAUGGCUGCCGGGACGGUCAUCCUGGCCCACAAGUCCGGUGGACCCAAGCUGGACAUUGUGGUCCCGCAUGAUGGCGGUGCGACAGGUUUUCUGGCUGAUGAUGAGGACAGCUACGCCGAGGCCAUGGAGCGCAUCCUCAACCUGACGGCCAGCGCACGCCUGGACAUCCGGAGAAGAGCUCGGCAGUCCGUCACUCGCUUCUCCGACCACGAGUUUGAAGCGUCUUUCUUGGCGGCUGUGGAGCCUCUGAUGGGAACGCUGGAGCGAUGAGAGCUGGAGAGAGUGAACUGAUAAAGAUACUGACCACACUCAGCCCAGAAUGUUCCAGAGAGUCACACCCAGAGCACACACACCCAACAAGCACCAGUAUAUUCAUAUGAUCAUGGCUGUUUUAGAAAGUUUAUACAAAAGUAUAAACUACAGACAACAUUUCUUCAAAAUUCUAAAUAAAAAUAUUGUAAUUUAAAGCAUUUAUUUGCAGAAAAUGAGAAAUGGCUGAAAUAACAAAAAAGAUGCAGAGCUUUCAGACCUCAAAUAAUGCAAAGAAAUCAAGUUCAUAUUCAUAAGGUUUUAAGAGUUCAGAAAUCAAUAUUUGGUGGAAUAACCCUGUUUUUUAAUCACAGUUUUCAUGCAUUUUGGCAUCAUGUUCUCCUCCACCAGUCUUACACACUGCUUUUGGAUAACUUGCUACUCACUAUGCUACUCACUCCUGGUGCAAAUCUCAAGCAGUUCAGUUUGGUUUGAUGGCUUGUGAUCAUCCAUCUUCCUCUUGAUUAUAUUCCAGAGGUUUUCGAUUUAGAGAAGAAACUCAUAAUUUUAAAGUGGUCUCUUUUUUUCCGACGCGAAUUAUGUGUUACUGAAGAAGAUUUACUCUUAAAGAAGCAAAUACCAGAAAUUGUGGAUUGUUUAUUAGUGUCAGUUUCACAGAAUUUCACAAACAUUAUUUUUCACUGCAGGUUUACCCUUUUUUUCCUCAUUUGAUUAGAGCCCCCAUGUGGAGUAAUGAAGCAGUAACUUCAUUAAGUCUAAUUGUGGGAUUAGACUUUAGAUUGAGUUCAGAGUGUCUAUGUUUCAAUAAAAAUACUUUAUUUCGGAAUAUUGAUAUAUUGUCCCAGCCUUUAGAUAGAAGACUCUAUCACUGGGUGACUGGAAGGGAAGAAGGACAGAUGGAGGUUCAGUGGGUCAUUCUAGAGUUCCCCACCAAUCACACACAGGGUUUAAGGAUGAUGAUGAUGAUGAUGGUGGUGGUUGUUGGUUGUGUGUGCUCUGAUUUUGUGCACUAGUACUUGCAAUAUAAUUUCAUAAUAAUUUCAACGUUCUGCUUAUAAAAAAUGCAUGGUGACGAUCCGUGUGGACAUAUUCUGAGGGAACUGAGAAUGCAUUGUGGGUAAUGUAGUUCAGAAAACACUGUAAGUUGUGUGGAAUGGUGUAAUAUAUUAUGAAACUGGUUUCACUGGUAAGUGAGUUAAUUGAGUCAUUUACAAACCAGUGUUGCUCAGCAUGUACAACUUGAAGGAAUACUCCAACAUCUUUUUUGUUGCAUUUUGUGUACAUAGAAAGAAGAAGAAAACAUGUUAUAUAUAAAUGAACAUUUGCUAAAUUCUGUUAAUAAACACAAAUAUAUUUUUUGUAAGACAUUUUUGUGAUUUAGAUGUUAAAGAUGUUUGCAAUUUUGCUGUAAAUCUGCAAAAUCAGAAGUCUGUUAUACAUAGUCUGUUCACAGAAAUGUAUUUAUUAUUAUUUUUUAAGACCUUAAUUAAGAACUAUAACAAGCUUUUCUCUGCAUGCGAGGAAUCAUUUAAGAGAUGCAUUUCAAAGAGAUUCAUUUCAAUUAAAUUAAUACUUAAAUUGAUUGCUUUGAAUUGUUGCCUUUAUUAUGGUUACAUAUAGAAACAUGGAUUGCUUUUCCUAAAGAAACCUUGAAAAAAAAAAUGAUUUUUUGAAAAAACAAAAAUGAGUUGUGGCAGGGAACAGUAUCAAAAUGAUUGUUUGCAUUAAAUGACAUGCUGGAGUAUUGCUUUAAGUGAGUCACCUCCCCUAUACUACAUGUCCAAAAGUUUGUGGGCACUCUUUGAAAUGAAUGAAUGAAUAUAUCCAGCUUCUCUAAGUGGCACCCUCAUAUAUUUUAUAGAUUUAUUACACAUAGAGUGAUCUGUUUUAUGCGUUUAUUUCUUUUAUUGUUGAUGAUUUUGGCUUACAGCCAAUAAAAAACCCCACAAAAAUCAGUGUGUCAGAAAAUUAGAAUAUUAUAUAAGAACAAUCGGUACUGGCAGGCAAUUGGCAGGACUUGGCACACUACCCACACUGCUUAAGUACCAAGUACCAAUAAUAUUCUAUUUUUCUGAUAUACAGAUUUUUGGGUUUAAGCCAAAAUCAUCAACAAUAAAAUAAAUAAAUGUUUAAACAGAUCACUCUGUGUGUAAUACAUUUAUAUAAUAUAUGUUUCACAUUUUCAACUGACUUACUGAAAUAAAGUAAUUCUUUUUUUUUUCUACAGAUGAGUUGAAUUUCUCAAUCUAUAGAAUCUGCUACUUUUAUACUGAUCUAAAAUCAGUUGGAGCAGCUGGAUUCUAACAGAAUGGGGUCAUAGAUGAGCUGUUUAAGGGGAUUUUGAGCUAACACGUAUUGUGACUUUGAAAUGAAGGGAAAAGUUGACUGACGUAGACCGAGUACAGUGAACACACACACACUGAAAACAAACAAAAUUGACUCUGUUCUGUUUUUGUUUUAAAAUGAGUCCCUACUGCUGCAGGAGCCCUGCUGCUCCUCAGACUUAGCUUCUAAUUAUUUUACUGUCCUCUUAUUCCUGCUUGUUUUAGAUGUUCAUUUAAGACGUCCCGCUGUAAUGUUUGUGUUUUGCUAUUAUGUGACUUGUUUCCCCCUUUUGUAAUUAUUUUCCGUCUGUAUAAUUUAGCAGAUUUGUUUUGGAGCAUCAGUGAAAACAAUCAGAAUGAAUGUGCUUUAUCUUGAUUUAACAUUAAAGUCUUAUUUAUUAGAAUGUUUACAAUAAACUGUGGAAAAGAAAA